AUCCAGCAUGGCGUCCAAUGAUUCUCCUCCCAGUGAGAAUGAGGAGAAGGUGAAGAGGAGGAAGGAGGUGAGGAGGAAGGAGGUGAGGAGGAAGGAGGUGAGGAAGAAGGAGGUUCAGGUGGAGGACAUCGAGGAGUUAACGUCGGCCGGUCACAGAGCUCUGCAGGAGGGACGGAGCGCCGACGCCAUGAGCUGCUUCAACACUGCGCUGCAGGCUGCACAACAGCUAGAGGGCAGGCGGGUCCAGCGGGCCUGUUCCUUUAACCUCGGAGCUGCCUAUGUGGAGACCGGACAGCCACAGGAAGGUCUGGACUUCCUGCGGCAAGCUCAGCCCGGUCCAAGAGCCAACCGACUUCCAGACCUCCAGUUCAACCUGGGCUUGGCCCACAAUGCACUGGGGCAGGACAAAGAGGCUGCCAUCUACUUUCUGCAGGCGGCUCAGCUGUACAGGUCGCAGGGAGAUGGACGCAGCGAGGGCGACGCCUGCAUGGAGCUGAGCCGCUGCUACAGUCGAGUACAGGUCAGAACCAGAACUACAGUCAGAACCAGAGCUACA